GAUAACCGAGCACUCUACUACCACGACCACCCAGGCCGCAGCACGCAAAGCACUGCGCCGCAUAGUGGACCUGAACAGCCGAAACAACUUCACCCGUUACCAGCUCACCCACCGUCACACCUACGAGCCGCUCGAGGUGUGGACCCGCAGGUUCCAUAUCCACUACUCCUUGCAAGAGCAGGUCUACAAGCAAGCGGGCUGCGACCUCACCGAACGACACGCGCUGCACUCCGAUCUGCCCAAGGGAAAUGCACCAGGGGCACGGCGAUCACAGCUGGAGGUCGAGGUCUACGUCACCGAUGAGACAAUCUGGGCGUG